GUUCUUCUUGAAAUUUUUCCUCAAAUGUAACCAAAAUUGCCUAAAAAAUGCAGGAAACCCUCGAGACAUGCGUCGAUUCCAGGUUGUGGUGUCUACAACAGUCAACGUUGAUGGCCAUGUGUUGGCAGUGUCGGACAAUAUGUUUGUACACAACAAUUCCAAGCACGGGCGGAGAGCUCGAAGACUCGAUCCCUCGGAAGCUACACCAUGUAUCAAAGCCAUCAGUCCAAGUGAAGGAUGGACUACAGGAGGUGCCACUGUCAUCAUCAUAGGAGACAAUUUCUUUGAUGGGUUACAGGUCAUAUUCGGCACCAUGCUGGUUUGGAGUGAGCUGAUUACUCCUCAUGCCAUCCGCGUACAGACACCUCCCCGACAUAUCCCAGGGGUUGUAGAAGUCACAUUGUCCUACAAGUCUAAGCAGUUUUGCAAGGGAACACCUGGAAGAUUCAUUUACACAGCUCUGAAUGAACCCACCAUUGACUAUGGUUUCCAAAGGUUACAGAAGGUUAUCCCCCGGCACCCUGGUGACCCUGAACGCUUGCCAAAGGAAGUAAUACUUAAGAGGGCUGCUGAUUUAGUAGAAGCACUCUAUGGUAUGCCACAUAAUAACCAGGAAAUAAUCCUGAAAAGAGCAGCAGACAUCGCAGAAGCACUCUACAGUGUCCCCCGCAAUCACAACCAGCUCCCCGCCCUUGCUAACACGUCGGUCCAUGCAGGAAUGAUGGGAGUGAAUUCCUUUAGUGGUCAACUAGCUGUCAAUGUCUCCGAAGCCUCACAAGCCACCAAUCAGGGUUUUACUCGCAACUCAAGCAGCGUGUCACCUCAUGGCUACGUGCCAAGCACCACCCCUCAGCAGACAAAUUAUAACUCUGUCACAACAAGCAUGAAUGGCUAUGGGAAUGCUGGAAUGUCAAAUUUAGGCGGUUCUCCAACCUUCCUGAAUGGAUCUGCUGCCAAUUCUCCCUAUGCCAUUGUGCCAUCAAGUCCGACAAUGGCCUCCUCCACUAGCCUCCCCUCAAACUGUAGCAGUUCCUCUGGGAUUUUCUCCUUCUCACCAGCCAACAUGGUCUCAGCGGUGAAACAGAAGAGUGCUUUUGCGCCUGUCGUGAGACCGCAAACUUCUCCUCCUCCCACCUGCACCAGCACCAAUGGCAAUAGCCUGCAAG